UCCAUUGAAGCUGAUGUGGAGAUGGACAAGAAGGUGAACAAGUCUCUGGACGUGACCGAGGACGAGUCAGAGGCCGUGUCGCGACUCGUCGUUCCAGUUAUCCCACCCGGCGGGGUGAGCUUCUACGAUGCUUUCGUUGUCAGAGGCAUCCGAGUCAACCGAGUCGAACCCGGACUCGUCAUCUGUACUUUGAAGGUCCCUCCUCGCUUCACCGAUAGAGGUGGAAAUUUGGCUAAUGGUGCUAUUGCAAACCUUGUUGAUGUACUUGGUUUUUGCGCAGCUUAUGUUCCGGGCUACCCUAUGAAUGUUUCUGUGGACAUUUCCAUCUCCUGCACGUCAACUGCCAAGCUUCAUGAUGAGUUAGAGAUAACUUCAAGACUGUUAGGACGGAUAGGACGUUACUCUGGAACAAUUGUCAUUUUGAGAAAUAAAACAACUGGGGAGAUAAUAGCUGAAGGUCGACAGUCAUUCUUUUCUUCCCAUCCCAUUGCCAAACUCUGAGUUCUUUUUUCACAUAUUUUUUGCACUCAGAAUUAAGUUUUUACACACAGUGACACAUGAGGAGUGGAAGAGAGUUUGUAGUUGAUAAUAUACUAGUUUUUAUUUUUUAAA